AUGGACCUCGCUUCGGAAGGAUCUGCCACUAGGCGGUUCAUCAAGAGUCUUGAGGUACCACCUCCGAAGGGCAACACCUACGCUAUUACUCAAUGGGUCAAUGCCGACCUUAUUCCGAUGGACAGCUCGAGGAGGACUUGGAACGGAUGGAAGAGGUAUGUAGGCUUUGCUAUAUAUAACUACAACACAGGCUCCGCCCUUAUUGCCUACGGUUUGAGUGCCAAGCAGGCACUUGCUGCAGGUAUUCUCAGCCCCAUUGUGCUGGUCACCAUGUGCAUAUUGUGCGGUUGGCCCGGCGGUUCUCAUCAUAUCACUUACACCGUGGUCUGUCGAUUGGCCUGGGGCAUGCGUGGAAGCUGGUUUGCGGUCUUCUUCCGAGUGAUGCCGGCCGUGGUCUGGGACGGCAUUGAGGCCUGGUGGGGAGCUCAGGCCAUAUCGACGAUGAUCGGAACAUGGUCAAUUCGCUGGGCGAACUGGGAACGUCCCCUCGCGAAUGGUACGAUGGAGCUGAAAGACUUCAUCGGUUUCAUCAUUUACCACUUCAUCUUUCUGGGAGUGAUGUGGCUGCCUCCAGAGAAGCUGCAUCGUCCGUUCCACGUCUCCUUCGUCGGGUUCACGAUGGUGAUUAUAGGUCUUGUCAUUUGGUCGACUCACACAGCCGGCGGUGGUGGCCAAUACUUCGCAAGUGAUUACAAACCUCCUUCGGUGUUGGCAGGUUCCAUAGGAUGGGCUUCCGUGUAUGGUGCUACCGCGGUCUUGGGAAAUACGGCGGUUGUGACCAUGGGUGGAUCAGCUUGGUGUCGCUUUGCUAGCGAUAACCGCAGAUCCAUGAUCGCACAAGCCGUCGCCUGUCCCAUUUUCAUCUACGCUGCGUUUGCCCUCGGAAUCCUGGUGACCUCGGCUUCAAGCAAUGUGCUCGGAGAAGCGUACUGGCAGCCGUUCCUACUAUUACGACAGAUCCAAUCACACUACAACAACUCUGCAGGAUCUCGAGCUGCUGUUUUCUUUGCUUCUGCGGCCCUGGCGUUGGCGCAAGUCACUGUCAACAUGAUCUUGAAUAGCGUUGCUGCUGCUAUGGACAUGGCAAGUUAUAGCCCAAAGUGGCUUACGAUCCGACGAUGCAGCUACAUCAUUGCUUGCUUGGGCAUUUGUACCAACCCUUGGCAAAUAACAACGACUGCGGCCACUUUCAUCCAGGUUCUUUCAGGUUUCGGGACGUUCUAUGGUCCCAUCUCCGGCAUCCUGGUGGCGGACUUUUGGAUCGUCAGAAAACGCCUGAUCAAGAUGAGGGACCUGUAUAUCGGAAACGAGGAGAGCAUAUACUGGUACUGGAACGGGUUCAACUGGCGUGCGUUCGUGGCUUUUGUCGUAUCGAUUGCACCCGCGCUCCCCGGCUACAUCAUGAGCUGCGCAAACAUUGACGGGGUGCCCAAUAACGCCAUGAAGCUCUCGCGGCUUGGGUUCAUCAUCGGUUUCGUGGUCGCUGUGGUGGUCUACCCUCUCUUAAACUUCAUCUCCCCGCCGAGAGGUCUAGGGGAGGGUGUGGACCACCAUGAUGAAGACAUGUUCAUCUUACCGAGCGCGUUCGAUCAAAGCAAGCCGACGCAAGGCAAGUACUCGGUCGUCGAAGGCGUGGCUGAUGUCGACUCGAGGGAUAGCGGCAAUGGCCGCGCGGAAAAGAACGUGGUUGAGGCAGAGAAGCGCCUGCCAUUGAACUUCUAA